GUCAAACAGGUGGUGGGUGGGAUGGGUGUUGUUUCUGGUGAUGGUCUGUGCUCUGCUGAGGCAGUGAGAUGUAUAUACAUUUUUGAGGGAGGGGAGGGGGCAGCCCACGAUCUUCUGCACUGUCUUGACCAUUCCCUGAAGCUCCUUCCGGUCUGCCUCGGUGAAGAGGGAGAACCAUACCGAGGUACAAUAGGUCAGGAUGGUAGAAGGUUACCAACAGCUUCCAGUUGAUGUUGUUCUUCCUAAGCACUCUCAGGAAGUGCAGAUGCUGCUGGGCCUUCUUGAUGAUAGCCUUGAUGUUGGCAGACCAGGAGAGGUCAGCAGAGAUGGUGGUGCCCAGGAAAGUGAAGGUGCGCACUCUGUCCACUAAGUCGCCAUUGAUGGUGAGGGGAGGUGGAUCUGCCCUGUGUUUCCUGAAGUCCAGGAUGAUCUCCUUAGUCUUUGUGGUGGUGUUCAUAGCCAGGUUGUUCGCUGCACACCACGCAGACAGCUACACAAUCGCCUCUCUGUAGGCUGACUGGUCUCCUCCUGAGAUCAACCCCACCACAGUCGUGUCAUCAGCAAACAUCACGAUGGUGUUGCUGCUGUGGGUCGGUGUACAGUCGGAAGUGUAAAGGUUGUAGGGCAGGGGGCUCAGCACACACCCCUGUGGGGAGCCCGUGCUGAGUGUUCGGAUGGAUGAGAAGUGGGAGCCAAGUUUGACUGUUUGGGCCCCGUUAGUGAGGAAGUCCUUUAUCCAGCUGCAGAUGGGUGGGGAAAGACCAAGGUCAGACAGCUUGUUAACCAGGAUGUCAGGGAUGAUAGUAUUGAAGGCUGAGCUGUAGCCUAUGUAGAGCAUCCUGACGAAGCUCUCCCAAUGUCCCAAGUGGCUCAGCGCGGUGUGAAGAGCGAUGGCUAUGGCGUCUUCGGUUGAUCAGUUUGCCCAGUAGGCAAACUGGUAGGGAUCAAAGGAAGGGGGAAGACAGGCUUGGAUGGACCAGCCGUUUCAGGCACUUAGUAAUGGUGGGUGUCAGCGUGAUGGGACGGUAGUCGUUGAGGUUGGACGUGGGUGUUUUUUUGGGGACGUGGAUGAUGGUGGCAGACUUCAGGCAGGCUGGCAUGGAGGCCUGAGCCAAGGAGAGAUUGAAGUUGGUGGUAGAGACCUGUGUAAGCUGAUCCGCACAGGCUCUGAGUAUUUUCCCAGGAACCCCGUCAGGUCCAGCAGCUUUCCUGGGGUUGACUUUGCUCCCGAUUCACAUCCUGUGCCUGCAAAGUGCGCGAGUGGGAGCUGGGAGGUGGUUGAGGUUGGAAUUGUGGGGGUGUGGCUGCCAAUUUAUGGGUUGGGUUCUCAAAGCGUGCGAAGAAGGCGUUCAGCUCCUCCGCCAGCUGACCGCUCGAGUCCACAGCCGUGUUGUUCUGCCCCCUGAAAUUGGUAAUCCCCUGGAUGCCCUGCCACGUCUGCCGUGGGUUGUGGUUAGAGAGAUGAUCCUCUAUUUUGGUUGUUGUUUGGUAUUGACAUUUUUGAUAUUUCUCCUUAAAAGCAUCAUUUGUAAUUAUGGCAAUGCAGUUACUUGGCCCAAGAAGCCUCAUCUGCUGCAGCUGAUCUUCCUCCAGAAGGCCUCUGGCUCCUGGCUGCUGGAUCCAGCUCUGGCUGCUGCACUGGGGAAGACCAGAGAGGAGGUGGAAAAGUCAAAACCUGCACAGGUCAGUGAGGAAGUGUGGGCCACCAUCUUGGCUCUGAUCUGCCUUCAUGGUUUCAAGAUGGAUUCAAAGGAAGAGUGGGAGCUUCUGGCUAUGAAGGCUGUGUCGUGGCUCAGGGCUCAGAACGCAUCAUGUGUGACGGACUGUGUGGAAGCCGCAAAUACACUUUUGGGUUGCAGUGUGGAGAAAGACGCUUUGAGACUUUGAAGAAUUCUGUGUUUGGUACACAGAAGCUUUACUUCACCUUAUAUGUGCAUUGUACUGUACUACUGUGUUGGCCAUAUCCAUAGAGUUUGACAAUCACAGAGAAAUGUUUAGCUUUUGUGCCUUAUUAUCCUCCAUGGUUGUGCUGCACAUCAUCCAGCCAUAGUCCAUGUUAAACUGUGUGCAAACUGUCGCGUGCUGCUCUUUACAGUAUCUAACUGUUCCCUGCGCGCGCUCCCUCUUGUUGCAGUGGUACAAACUGGUCUACUGCCAACGAAUGGCAUUGUCUUGUUUUGAAGACACCUUUUUGAUAAAUAGUAGCAGCAUUUUAUUGACUUACUAUUUAACUUCACUGGCAGUCUGCUUGUGUUUUGACAUUUAAAUGUUUUCAAUGCGCAAUUGCAGCACUAGAAAAACUUUGAUUUGAAUCAGAAGCCAUCAGAAUAUGGGCUAAAAUCAUUUCACAUGGUUUAAUACUUAUUCUAUUGUUGUUGUUGGUGUUGUUGUUGUUAUUGAUUAUUGUUCUCUGACCACUGACCCUGCUUGAGAUGUUCCUCAGGAGAACUCUAAGCUCAGAUGUUCCACUGUUCACCACAAAUUCAAAAAUGCACAAACUCUACAACAGACACACAACAAAAGCAGCUUUCAGCAUUUAGAUUUCCAGUGACGACUUUUUCAGUGACAACCGACCAACGACAGAGACUGACAAAAUCCAUUUCAUCAUGAACGUGAGUGUGUUGAGAGGAAACAUGUCAUUUGUGUCAUUACAGUGAGCUGAUAGCAUAUUUUAAUAUUUUUUUUAUUUAUUCAUUUAUUUAUUUUUUUUACAUAAAACUUUUAUUCCACUACAGUCAUCAUCAUAAAUAAUAAGUUUGAUUAAUUUCUGACUUUUAACCCUGUAUAUGCCAGUGUUUGUGAUGGCAUCACAAAAAAAAAAAAACUAAAAUAAUAACAGCUGCUAAGAAUAUGAUUGCGACUCACUGAAAGCCACCUCAUGAUUUGUCUACUCGAACUCGAAUGUUGCUUCGGGAAAAACUUUGAGAGUUUAGAGAGACUUUUAGAGUUCCGACUUUGGUGUUUGGUUUUUGGUCGCUUCUGUUAUCUCUAUCUCCCUCUAUAUGUUUGUCUUGUCUUUCGUGUUUGUAUUGUGUUGUUAUACAUCAGUUGUGUGUUCUCUUUUCUCCCCCCUUUUCCUCUGUCUAUAUAUGCUAGGACACGUUACUUUGUCGUAGUCAUGCUAUGUGUUAUUGAAAAAAGUUAAUAUGAUGGCACUGUACAUGGUAUGACACUGUUGUUCUAGAUAAAAACAUUUGAUCACAAAAAAAAAUAAAAUAAUAAAGUUA